AUGCCCGUGCAAACGGAAGUUAUUCCUAUGUUCUAUGAGGGGUGCGAUAUGCUAGUUGGUUCACCAACGGGUUCUGGAAAAACAGCCGCUUAUCUGCUCCCGAUUUUAAAUUUUGCUGCUUUUGCUGAAAUUGAAUCCGCUCCACAGGAGAAGCACACAGUUCGCCCACAUUCUAUUGUUGUUUCUACGAGUCAAGAACUAUUGGGUCAGAUUUGGAUGGAGGCAAUGAAACUGGGUCAGAACUUGUUUCCUAAGCAUGGAAAGAUUGCAAUUCUUCGGCGCAACCACUAUAAAGCGAAAGGAAAACAGAGCGGGGAAACAAGAAUUAGUCCAAGAAAGGUUCGCGAAUUACGACUGCCUUCAGAUACGAGGGUUCUAAUCACAACUCCGAAGCGGUUGGCGAUGUUGUUGAAAAGGACUGGAACGCAGUGUCCUAUUAACUUCUCUCACCUGCGCUGGCUAGUGAUUGAUGAGUGUGACAAAAUGCUCGAGUCGAAUAUUGGUGAGAAUGACUUCGGUCUUCGCGCCUUUCGGUCUCAACUCACUGCCAUUCUUCACAGUAUUCGGGCUCAUACUACUGAAUUUCCCAACGUUGCACUCUUCUCCGCCACUCUCACUUCCUCUGUUGCUGCUUGGGCGACAGAAGAACUGCGUAGCACCAACGCCUCUCCAUUAAGGAGCCUAGUGAAGAUUCAGCUUGGUGAUUGUAAUGCGGCGGUUCCUUUCGUAAGGCAGGAGCUUCGUUACUGUGGCUCGGAGCAGGGAAAACUGUUGGAGUUACGUAAAAUGCUUAUUGACGGACUCGUUUAUCCUUGUUUAAUCUUUACUGAAUCUCGGCAACGGGCUGCUGAUCUGUUCAGAGAGAUUAAUCUCUGUGAUAAACUUAUUUUUGCCAGCAUUCUUUCAAGUGAAAAGAGCGAAGCACAGCGUGCCGCUACGGUGAAGGCAUUUCGUGAAGGUAAGGUCAAUGUUCUCAUUUGCACCGAUCUCCUUGGUCGAGGGAUGGACUUCAAGAGCCUGAUGAUGGUGGUGAACUACGAUCUUCCACCUUCUCCCGUUGAAUACAUCCACCGUGUUGGUCGAACUGGACGGGCCGGCCGUGCAGGUGGCCGUGCAGUCACCCUUUGGACGGAUGCUGAUUUGCCGCAUAUGGACUCUAUUCUGGACGUGAUGAGUAGAAGCGGUGUUGAAGUAGACCCAGACCUUCAACGGCUUGUGGCGGUUUGGAAGUCGAGAAAAGCAAAGCAGAUGCAUGCAUGCGCGUUGGGAGGUGUAGUCUCCCAGCGCAAAGGCGAGCGUAGGCUGGUUGCCAAGUUGGUGUCGAAGGGGUCGAGAAGCGAGUUUAAUCGAAAAAGAGGCCUUCUUCGACCUUGGAAUCCUCAUCGGGAGAGCAUCACUCAGGUACCAGGCUCUAAAUCUCGUGACCUUAGCAUUGCAAACGGUGGGUUGAAUGUUGAAAUUAGGACAAAAAAGAGGAGAAUCCAUAAAAGGACAGCUUAA